CCCUGCUACUUGCAGGUGCGGAAAUGAUAGCUCAUUCCUUUGGUGAUACCACAGUUCCCAUGAGCCAUUUCCGUCAUUGGUACCUUAAGCACUUCAGUGAAUCGAAGAGGGAUGGCUCUAGCGACUUGGACAAUUUCGCGAUAUACUUUCUGAAUGCAAUGCGUCAACAAACUGAACAUUAUUUGCGAUCUAAUGAAAAUGACCAAACCUUUCAGACAUCUAUACAAGCGGUUCAAUCCGUUGCUGCUGGUUGUGAUACCGGCGGCGGAAAUGAAAAAAAAAAUAGGUGCAAUACACCUAGGCGCGCGCAGGAUUCCGCGCCGCCCACACCAAAUUUCGCCUCUACCCCUGAGCAAAGGCGCAACGCUUCAGCAUACUUUGAAAGCAGUUUAGGGGAGGAUUUUCCAGGAAAUGCUCGAGGUUCAAGAAAAAAUUCCUCAUUUGCUGUAUCUACGCCUACACAAUCGUUGGAUCGAAGUCGGGGAUAUAGUUUCAAGAGCGACUCAUACACACCCAUACGCCGCAUACAAAACAGCAGCCGUCGAUCGGGAAACAGUUCAUCAUUGCAGGCACUGACUCCGCAUAGUGCUGACAAAUCAGUACCAGUACGCAACAACAGCUCCUCUUCAAACUUUUGUCUGGGAGACUUUAUCGUCCUGCAUCAAAGCAACAGUCGCUCGAAUCGGAAGAAGUCAUCUCACACACAGGUUCAAAACACUGCCAUAGCAUCAACCGGGGAUUCUACAUCGAAUAGUAAACCUAAAAAGCGAGUGGUGCCAACAACUAUUAGUCAUCGAGCCGUCGCAAGUGAAGUCGGCGACUUAAAGCCGUUUGGCUGUAGCAGUUCCUUCAGCAACGAAAAUAAUAUAUUAAAACUGACAAAUGCGGAAAUAGAAGAUAAAAAUGAAUGUAGUAUUAUGGCUGCCAGAAAGUCGCUGAAAUUUAAUGCGAACGAAAUCAGCAAAGAGUUGGAAAUGAAUUGUGUUGGCGAUGACGAAAAAAAUCUGCGGGGAAUGAUUGAGCGAAAACUACGAGAUGUUGCUGCAUCCAAAGUGGAAAGUGAGACUGUGGAAGCUCAACUUAGCAAACAAUUACCUCCUGUAGAGUUGGACAAAAUAAAAAAUCGCCCCCACAUACAAAUUUUGGCAGACAUCUAUGUGGUUUUAAUGGAUUUGAAUUUCGUCACGAACAUCCUCAGCGAAAUGGCAUUUGUGCUGAAUUUGCUGAAUGCACAGGAACCAAGGGCGGUAGGUGUCCACCAGAUUGGCUCUGUCAAAUCAGUGAAUGAGUUGUUGGUGGAGGGGGAUGGAGAAUUGUCAAUGGGCAUGAGCAUGCUGAACAGCGUUACAAGCUGCAUUUAUUUUGCAUUAUGUGUUUUGAAGCGUCAACGACACUUAUUUGCCCAUCUCGAUGCCAAGAGUUUGGGAGUUGUCAUGCACAAUGAGCGUGUUUAUAGCCUCGACAUGGAAUUAAAAUCAUAUCUGGUAUCCAUUUAUGAGCAAAAGCAAUCAUUACUGCUCGGGAAGUCUCACACGCUGGAUAUAUCCGCUCCAAUCGACCGCUCUUUUAAGAGCGUCUACUAUCAAGAGGACAAAGACUCGAGGCAGCAUUUCGUAUCCAACAGUGAGUUUGGUGCCUUUAAGACCCAACGUGAUCUUUUUUAUAAAGUACUAAAGCUGUGGGAAACCCACCAUCUGAACCCCAAUUGGAACUUCUCGCAAGAGUUGGCACCGAGGAUUCGUGAAAUAUUUAAGCAGUCGGAGAAUCCAAUCAACAUGGCCCACUUUAGCAAAUUGUUUGUUUCACAGCUUUUGAUAUCAGCCAGUGAUGCCGCCUCCCCGGAGGACAUUGGCGUAGAUGUUGACGCCGAAAAGUUCAGUAAAUUAACGCAACGUCUCGUGGCGCCAAGUAAUUUUAGCGUCGAUUAUCAGUUUCCACGAAAUCAGGCAUUUUUUCGUGAUUUCAUAAUUGAAGCCAAAUCUUUGCCGUUUGGUGAACAAUUGAGAAUGGCUCUCUACUCCCAACUACUCAACUUAAACAAUUCCACAUUCGAGCAACUGAACGUUUUGAAUGACAACAAAGAGGCGGACGAGCUGGAACCACAGGAUGACAAAGGCGAAAUCAAUGAAUUCAUAGUUCGUCCCGAAGUUCUGGCAUCGAUGAUAAUUUUAGCCAAGUUUCUGGGCUUUGUAACUGCAUAUCCUUAUAGCCAAAGCUUGCACGUAGCCAACAUGUCCGGCAACAUCGAAAAGAAGCAAUUAACGCUGCGCAGCCUGUUUCAGCCGCACUUCAGUGUGUCGCAACACCUGCUAGAGGCGAUCAAAGGUAAAAAAAUACUCAUCACAUUGCCUUGGUUGAUACAAUACCUCGUAAUGUUGGACAAUGUUACACUCCAGUUGGAAGAUAUCGUGAAAGCCACACAUAUGCUCUAUGCUGUAUACACCCAAAUUGGGUUCGAAUCAGCCGGUACGUAUUUGCUGUCGUCUACAUCCAUAUUCAUCCUACGUUGCUGCUUGGGAUGGCUCUUUGACACGAAGCCUAUGAUAGCUGAAAACUACUUUAGAUAUAGAGCUUCGCAAAGACGCACUGAGGACAACAGCAACGAGAAAUAUUUGCAGUACCGUGAGCUGUCUGCAGGAAUAUUUCGAAUACCAGAAAAAGAUUUCCGGCAAGCUAGUGAAACUAAUGUUUCAUUGUCUAUUCAAGUAAGCUAUAAUACGAGCAUGCCACUUAAUCCCGUUCUGGAGUCUUUACUUCCCGUUGCGUGCCCAUUUCUGGCAGAAUUUCGUGUAGCUAUUAUGCCAAGCAAAUAUGCAACCACAAAAUAUGUAUCGCGCACAGGAAGAUAUCGCCACAUAACCACGCGUAUUGCAGAACCUCAACUUCCAGCAACCAAUUCCCCUUCGCACGCUCAGUGCAAAGCGACAUCGAAUGCCUUAAACUCACAGCAAUCUCAGCAAAAUAAACUUAUUGAGGCAUUUCUACAUUCCCAGAAUGCUUCUAUGCGCCGACUUAUAGAAUUUGUCACCGAAAGAAUCUACAAGUCCGUUGUAAAGGACGGCCAGCACAAAUUUAUAUUACCCUCGAAAGCUGAUGCAGAUAAACGUGUAAAUGAGAUCACAUCGACGGAUAUCGAUGAGGUAUUCACUAAGGUAACGGCCAUCUAUGAAAGUGCUCACGAAGAUGCACGUCAAAAGUGGGAAACCAACUUGCCAAAAGUGGUAGAUGAACGAAUUGCGACCGCUCUUCACGCGCUACUCCCCGAGCAGACAACAUUUGUGGUAGAAAAAACAUAUUCUCAGCUAAUUCGGCAGAAGGCGAUGAAACGAAUUCAACACUGGUUUCAAGACAAUCUACAACGAAGUAACCUCUACUGCGGCGAUCUCAACGAAAUCGCUCAAAAAAUCAGCAAAGCAAACAAAAAGGAGCAACAGGUGUCAUCGUUAUCGGAAUUGAAAAUUGUUCAGCUUGAACCCAGCGUGUCCGAUUUACUUGACGAACUGCAGUACUGGCUACAUUGCACUUCAAUUCGCACCGACCUUUUGGUGACGGCAGAACCUGAUGCCAUAACUUCUUUCCUGCGGCGUAUACCCGAGGCAUUUGCGAAUACAUUGCCUAUAAUUUUUUAUCGUCUUAUUGGCGCGGGUCUAGUGCAAAUUACUCAGCACUUAAUCAUUUACAAGCCGGAGUGGCUUACAGCGGAAUUGAUGAGUUCUGUUUGCACAGUUUGGUCGCAUCCGAAUUUUCAAUUUGUCGUAAGCACUGUUGAACGAAGCAAAAGAAACCUUAAUCAAAUUACUGCGCAAAUCGACAACAAAGGCAGUGAUGACGACAGCAAUAGCAAUAGUUCCAGUUUAGCUGUCCAGAGAACGCCUAGCAUUUAUGAUGGACUGAUCACAGUGGCAUUCAUCGAAGCUUUGGGGGAAAAUGGUGUGCCUUUUGGAAAACUAAAAGAUUUGCUGGUUUAUAUGAUUAAGAAGAGCGUACUUACUAUAGACAAUGUAAAUGUGUUAUUUGUGCCGAUUUUCAAGGAGAAUUGGCCCGCUGCUGUGCUAAACGAAAUCUCAAAAACACUACAAUGUGUUGCCGACGAGACCGGCCAAGUUCGGAGAACGAAGAGUGCAGCUGCGACUAACAACGACGACAGUAGUGAUGACGAAGCCAAAUCUCACUUAUUCAUGGAAGUAUUGGCCGACCUUUCAAGAGAUGUUGACAAUUUCAGUUUUUAUUAAAGUUGCUUGCCUAGUUAAGUUUUAUUAGAUAAAGUUGUUUGAUUUUAAUUGAUGACAUAAUAAAUGGAUAAUAAUGCCGCUUUUAUAAGCUAGAA